AUGGUUCUAUCACGAAAAGAACCGCGGACCAGGUCUACUAAAUCAUGGAGGAUUAGGUAUUUACUAGUGCACUUUGGCUUACUGAAAGAACGAGUGGAAAGAAAGCUACUGAGGAUCUCCUUUUGCUCAGACGGUAGAAGACGUGAACUACACUCAGAAUUUUCAAAGGGAGCUCAGAUCGCGCCACAACAAACAGUACUACCCGGGUUUCAGCAAAAUGAGAAGAAGUCUUCGUUAGAAGAUCUUGUGACUAAGUUAGCAAAAAUAUCCACUCAACACAUGCAGAGGACGGAUAAGAUUUUACAAAUUCAAGGAGUUGUUUUCAAGAAUUUGGAAAAUCAGAUGGGGCAAAUAGCAAAAGCACUAUUAGAAAAACAACAAGGAGUAUUGCCAAGCGACACUGAGAUAAAUCCUAAGCAGCAGGUAAUGGCAGUAAAAGUUGUAGAGAAUGAGGAGGUUGGGGCAAUCACUACACGCAGUGGGAUUCAACUUCUAGAAAUUACAGUUGAAAGAUGGGUUAAGGCAACUGUUCCUAUCAAGCCUUAUGGGCUUCCUGUCCCGUUUCCACAGAGAUUACAAAAGAGGAAGUUAGAAGAACAAUUUGCAAAGUUCUUGGAUAUCUUCAGAAAGCUUCAUGUCAAUAUCCCAUUGAUUGAAGCUUUAUCUCAAAUACCAAACUAUGCAAAAAUUUUAAAGGAGAUCCUAUCGAAAAAGAGAAGGCUUAUAGAUUUUGAGACCAUCAAGUUAAAUGAGGAGUGUGGUGACAUCCUGCAGAACAAAUUACCUCCUAAGCAACAAGAUCCAGAGAGUCUCAAAAUAUCUUACUCAAUAGGGAAUGAUUCGAAUUUUAAUUGUUUAUGCGACUUAGGAGCAAAUAUAGAAGAGCCAUGGGAUGCAACGUUACUUAUCUUGGGUAGAUCCUUUCUAUCAACAAGCCGAGCUGUCAUAGACUUUGAAAGUGGCGAAUUGACAUUGAGAGUGGAAGAUAAGCAACAGAAGUUCAAGAUCUACAACACUAUCGAGUAUCCAUUAUGA